UUUAGUCUUGUAGAGUCUCCUGUUUCACUGUCUUCCUUUUUCGUGCUCCGAGCAACUGAGGAAGAGUAGAAAUGGCGUCGGCGGCGAGAAAAUGGAUUGAAGCAGACGAAACGGCGAAGCAAUUUCUGGCUAGGGUUUUCUCAGAGCGGCCAUUUCUACCAUUACCUCCACCACUUCAUCGGAUUCCUCUCCGUCCCGGCAAUGUUGUAGAAAUCGUCGGUCCUUCUCCUUCUUCAAAAACUCGCAUUCUUAUGCAGGCUGCUAUUAAUUGUAUUCUGCCUAAGGAGUGGAAGGGUGUAAAUUAUGGAGGCUUGGAGCGAUUAGUUAUGUUUGUUGACCUGGAUUGUCGUUUCGAUGUGUUAAGCCUUUCACGAUUACUGAAGCAGCGGAUCAUUCGAGAAAAUGGCAAUGGGGUAGGCCACAAGCUAAGUAAGGUGGAUAAUUCUCCUAGUAGAUCAAAGGAUGCACACACCGAAUAUGACAAAGAAUUGUUCGCUGUCAGCAUGAGAAGGUUCUUGUACAUCCGCUGUUAUGAUAGUUCUGAAUUUCUUGCUACUCUUAAGACAUUGCAUUUCCAACUUCAAAAGGAAAAAGAGGCACAUGGCAGUGGUGUUUAUUUGCUUAUGAUUGACAGUAUUGGAGCUUUUUAUUGGAUGGAUCGUGCUUCACCAUCUAUACCGCCAGGGAGCAACAACAGGAGAAGUCUUUCUUUGCAAAAUGUGUCAGACAUUGCCGUUCAAGAGAUCCAGAAGAUUCUUGUGGUGCAUCCGAUGCUUGUUCUAACUACAAAAGCAGCAAGUUUACAGGAUAAAGUUGCAUCUCGCGAAGUUAUUAGGAGUACAGGGCAGUUGUCUAUUGAGAGUAACUUGGACUCAAGGAUCAUUAGGAGUAGUACUAAUGCUCAACUGUAUCGGGAGUAUAUGCCUUCAGUAUGGCAGUCCUUUGUUUCACACAGAAUACUUGUGCGACCUUCAGAUGAUAGUGAAUAUCCAAAGCAGCACAUCUAUUUAUCAGAAUGGCUGUUGCCGUCCUUGAAGUUACCAGACAAAUUUACAAUCAAUGAUGAUGGCACAUACAUUGUAUUAUGAAAUUCACAUGAUUUCAGACCGGCCUUUUGACACACUGAUUCAUGAUUGCUCCCUCAACCGAGGUCAAGCAUUUAAAAUGAAGCCCAAAAUGAAAUUCCAAAUACGUCAUUUGCUCAUCUGGAUGUAUCAACACUUGAGGAAGUCGGAUGCAACAUGGAAGCUUUCUACCUAUUCAGAUUCCGGAUAUACAAACCUCCAGGCCGAUGUAUAUGGACUUCUCUCAAUAUGGACUCAAAGGUCUUCGUAAGUUCUGGCAACCUUAGAGAUGAUGACAUCCAAAGCUGCAGUGAAAGAAAAGAUGUUAGUAGUUCUUCUCUCGUAAUUCUCGACAUAUUUUCCGAGUUUGUGAUACAAUAUGGCGAAGAGAAAAAAACUGGACACUGAAGCAGAAGUUGCAGAAAGAAGUUAAAAGCUGCAUUUUUUCCAAUUGGUAAUCUUUCGUGUUGCUGUUGUGAUGUUAUGUAUAUAUGAUAAAGGGGAAAAGGGUAAAUAUAUUCCCGAAUUAUCAUAAAUGUUAUGCAGAUACUCUGCGUCAUACUUUUGAGACGUUGGUGCCCUUGCCGUCCAAAAAGUAAAGCGUAUAUGCCCUUCACUCUAACAGAAGAUUAAUUAGGGACACGUGGCAUAAUUUUAUCCUUCGAUCAAUGUCGGAUCGGUGAAUAAGAUUAUGAUACGUCCGUUAGUAUAUAAAGGAUAUAUAUGCUCUAGUUUUUGGACGGCAGGGACACUUAUGUCCCAAAAGUAAGACUGAAGGUAUCUGCAUACUACAACAAUUCAGGGGUAUAUUUGUCCUUUUUCCCUAAGAUAAAUAAUUAGGCAUGUCAAAAAAACUUGUCAAGGAGUUCGUAGGGUAUACGUUGUGCUUUUUAGACAAAUUAAUUAUCUAUCGAAAACUUCAUUGGCUCGACUCGCUGACCAAAAUGAUGUUCGGAAAAAAUUUACUCGUA